UGUCCUUAAGGUUGAGGUUCCUGCCUGACUGCAGCCCGACUUCCUACCUCUUUUGUACAACAUUUCCAUUACCUUCAAGUCACAGAGCUAAGAAUACGGUACUGUGCCGAAAAGUCAAUUAAAAAAUUCUAAAUAUUCUUUCUCUGUUCUGAAGGAAUGGAAGAUGGAAGCUGGAAGUGGCAUAUGUCUUUGCUCAGUUUGUACAAGGUGAACCGGAAUCUAAUAUAUUGGUAUAUAUUGAUGAUUCUUUCUAAUGUCCAAUAUAUUUUCAUCUAAAAUAUAUAUCCUGCAUGACUUUUUUUUUUAACAAAAAGAGCAAGGACAUAUGAAAUUUCCAGCUGUCUGGAUUAGGAAAUUCUGUCAGAACUUGGAAAACGGGUUUUGAUUGUAGGGAGAGUUGUUGACACAUAUGGUAAUACCUUCAGAACAGCGGAAAAUGUUUUUUGAACGGACCUCCGGGUUUUUUUGCUCAACAAUCUUGAGCAAUUGCAUCAGCAGUCUUGUUGAGUCAAGAAGAUUCAACCUCUAUUGAAUACUGAAUAAAAGUGACCAUGGCUGCUGAAUUAGAACUGGGUAUUAAACCUCAAUAGUUCUUUAGUAACAGUUUAGAUGUGUCCCAAGUAUCAAAGAUUGUCAACUACAAUUACACAAGCUGCCACUGGAUGCCCGGACAGAUUUGUAAUUUUGUUACCUAUUCUUUGACCAGAUUCUUCUUGACUUAAACGUACUUUAUGUAAGAAUGUGAAGCAAUUUCCAUGUAUUAAUUGCUUUUGUAUUGCCAAUGUGUGAAUGUAACAUGACUUGAAAAAUUAGACCUACCCGGACCUUCUCGGUUGGCUAUAGCAACCUGUGGAGUGAUUUCUAUGUAAAGGACUGAGGACGAAUUUUCCAGGAAAAUCCAAAAGAUACAGCGGAGAAAAGUGGAUCUGAGGGACCUGCUGGCUGUCUCAAUGGAGGCUGCGGUACUAGGUGGCAAAGAGGUGAAGAAGGUGCGUGAUGAAAAUGGCCUGAAGGAGAAGUCAAAGGGCAAGACGAAGGAGGGAGCAAAUGAGCUUCUGACUAUGGGUGACCUGCAGUCUCAUAGAAAGAUGUAUAACCUCAUAAGGAACACCUUUCCUGAAAUCAUGGUGAACAGUGAGGAACAUGACAACAUGGUGGAUAAGGAAGCAACCUGGAGCCAGGCCAUUCCAGCUGACAUACUAGACAAGAUAGAGGGAGGCAAGGAUGUUCCUGCUGAGAGCAUCACAGUGUGGAUCGAUCCUCUAGAUGCUACACAGGAAUAUACAGAGAACCUUAUCAAGUAUGUGACCACAAUGGUAUGCGUGGCUGUAGAUGGUAAACCAGUCAUUGGGGUCAUACACCAGCCAUUCACUGGGUUCACUGCCUGGGCGUUUGUGGGUCAGGGAUCAAAUAUGCGUCCCCGGUCAUCCUAUAGUGUUAGCCCCCCUAAUGUGAUUGUAUCCCGUUCCCACUCUGGAAAAGUUAAAAGUUAUAUCCAUGAUGCUUUUGGAAACAGCACAACAAUCACAGAAGCAGGUGGAGCAGGAUAUAAGGUUCUGUCACUCUUGGAGAUGCCUGGACAUGAAACCGGUUCUAUAGACCAGGCAGAUGUUUAUGUGCACAUCACCUUCAUCAAGAAGUGGGACAUCUGUGCUGGUGCAGCACUACUAAAUGCACUGGGAGGCCACAUGACAACCCUAAAGGGAGAGGACAUCGACUACAGUGGAACACCACUCAACAAAGGAGGACUGGUGGCCAGUGUGGGUGUGGACCCUAAGGCCAUACUGGAGAGACUACCAAACUGGGACCCUGAAAAGCACUGAAAGACACAAGUACAGAGCCAGUGGUAGCUUGGUUAGGUUGUGAUAAGGGCAACAUGUGGCAGCCCUUUUCUAUAAAUAAGAGUGGUCUGGAAACAUUACCAGGCCUGCACGAUUUCAUCAUCGUGGGACAUCCAACUUCUACCAGUCAGACGGAUUGGAGUCACUGUCACUGGCAUGGGCCGCUGAACAGGACAGUGGAACCAACAUAGCUGCAACUGGAAACUGCAAUGGUUGAUUUAUUGGCUCUGACUACACACUCCCCUUCAUACAUACAUACUUACAACUAGAUGAAGUGGUACAUCUUCCUCUUCACGUGCAUAUACACACAAACCCAUGCUGACAGUGAACACGGGACAUCAGCUGCCAUCCCUGAAUCUCCUUCCUUCAUCUCACGGACAACAGGAUGACUCCAAUGGGAAAUAUUAAACUGAGGAGCACAAUACUGAACAUUACAAGAAAUCCUACGGAGUGACUGACAUCAUUUAUCAUCUUAAGGCCCAUCUUCAUCACAUAAUAUUCAUAACAUCAGCUUAGCUCAGUUAAAGAAACGAUCACCUAUCCUUAUUUGAGACUAAAUAGAAACUCACCCUGACGAGGAACAAUGAGCCUCAGUGGUAAACAACCACUGUAAAUGGGGCUACUGGCCACUUUAUGCUACUUUAACAGCAAACUUUAUGUUCACCACCACCAUUACAUCACGGCAAUUCACUUCACACUCUUCUUUAAAUGAUAUGCUACUUCAAAAUUUUCAUCUGAGAUGGAGCAUUUCAGCUAUGGAUCUGUUCUUGGACUUCGGUGGCCUUGCUCACACUAUAGAUGCUAGUCUCUCAAACUCUGGGUCAGGACCCAAGUAGUAUAUCUUAAAGAGCCAGGGCCACAGUGGAAUUGCGUUGAUUUGGUCUUCGCUUCAAAAAAGUUAAGAAAAGCUCAUUUCUUCCCCCUCAAAAAUUGGAGCAAAUGAAAGAUUUUUAAAGCAGUCCCACCUCAGUGAAUAGUAGCAAGCAAAACACAAAGGUCAGAACUGCAGUGAAAGAAAAUUAUAAAAAUCAUUCAAUAAAUUCUUUGCAGAAUAGCCACCACACUUUUCAUUUCAGUUGACAUUUUAGUAAACUCAAAGAGUAAACUUGAGUAAACUUUUUUGUAGAUUAUAUUAGGCCCAGAGGGGAUCAGAUUUAUUAAGUUACUAAUUUUGCUGAAAUAUGUUUUAGCCAAACAGCCCCCUACAAAAAAAAACAAUGUUUUUUUUUACAAAUGAAUAAAGAUUAAAUGGUAAAAAGAAAAAAUGUGGGAAUAUUUAAGUAAAAGAUAUGGGGUUUACGAUUAGAUCCAAUUGCGGUACAGUUAAAAUAUCACUUAGAACAAAAAUAACCAUAUAUGCACUAAAACGCAACUAAUAUUUCCCAUUUUUUCUUCAUCCCAAUAAAAAAAAAAUAUAUAUAAAAUAAAUUCUCAAAAUAAAUUAGGUUAGAGAA